AAAAGUAAUGCACACUGCGUUAAAACGAUGCUCAAAUGAUACAAACAAAUAAAAUAAAGUAGUCACGUUCCAGAGCAUCAAAGUUGCACCAGUGUUUGUAUGUGUUCCACUUUCUCUCCUCUCAUUGAAGAAAUGCAUAGAUUCUAUCCCAUCCAUCACCUCCACCCCUCCCCUCAGUAUCCAAACACAGAAGCGGCUAACGGCUCAUUUCUAGCCCAUUCUCUCCUGUGGCACCGUGGUGGGCAGAAAAUUGCGCAGCUGACUUUGUCCUGCACAACCACAUAACGCAGAUUGUGUAGUUUUUACUCUCAGAAAGUCUUUUGUUGUGUUUUUUUCUUCCAGUGAGAAGGUGGAGAUGAACCAGUUGAACGGAUGCUGCAGCGCGUAAAAGUUGUGGAUGGUUACUUUUGCGCAUAAACAUUUAAGGGACUAUUUUAUCUCCAAAAGUUGCUGUUUAAUACAAGAGCAGGUGAUUUUUUUCCCUCUGCAAAAAUAUCGCCCACAAGCAGGCUGGAAGACCAUCCACUCCGGAGAACACAGCGAAUCCGCAGAGCGCAGAUGAUCGCAACUGGUGUUUGUGGUGUCGCUCUGGUGCUGGUGUUGGUGGUUCUGAUCCCGGUCAUGGUGAACACCGCCGGGACACCUGCCCGCUACGAGAUGCUCGGAUCCUGUCAAAUGGUGUGCGACUCUCACGGGACCGCGGCCACGGCCACAGCCAAGGCAACCAACCCCAUCAAAGACAACCGUCUGGUUCAGUCGCUGCCGACGUUCAUCCAGGGUCCCCAAGGAGAGCCGGGGCGCGUCGGGAGGAUGGGUCCGAGGGGUCCGGGUGGCGAGCCAGGGCCACCUGGACCUGCUGGUCCCCCCGGAGAGAGAGGGGCGCCUGGCCCUCCGGGUCCACCGGGAGCACCCGGAGCAAAUGGGCCCACCGGUGCAAUCAGCGCUGCCACCUACAACACAAUCCCAAAGAUUGCGUUUUAUGCAGGACUGAAGAAGCAGCAUGAGGGAUAUGAAGUGCUGAAAUUCGACGACGUAGUCACAAAUCUUGGCAACCACUAUGAUCCCUCUUCAGGGAAAUUCACCUGCUCAAUACCGGGGAUUUACUUCUUUGUUUACCAUGUGCUGAUGCGAGGCGGAGAUGGAACCAGCAUGUGGGCCGAUCUCUGUAAAAACAGCCAGGUGAGAGCCAGUGCCAUCGCCCAGGACGCCGAUCAGAACUACGACUACGCCAGCAACAGUGUUGUCCUCCACCUCGAGCCCGGGGACGAGAUUUACAUCAAGCUGGACGGCGGAAAGGCGCACGGGGGCAACAACAACAAGUACAGCACCUUCUCCGGCUUCAUGUUGUACGCUGAUUGAAACACGG